AUGUAAACAUUAAAAGAAUAUAUUCCAAUCGUAUUGACCAAGGAUCACUUAAGCAAAAGAGAAGCCAAUUUGGAAGUGGCUGAAGAGAAGUUUACGGUAAGGUGUAUUUAUAUUCUCGAGGUGAAAGAAUAAGAAACUAAAUCUCCUAAGAUCAGCUUUCAUAUAAAUAGUUCCAGAUCUACAUCUAUUUAGAAUACAGUCCCUUAUUGUGUUAAGGCAACCGUGUUUCCCAAUAUCCUUUCGAGAACAAAGCUAGAUAUAAUCAGAUAUAGACAUUCUGAAUAGUUAUAGUUAGACUCUGAUAAAAUAACAACUUAAAAGGAUCGUAAAAAGUUAUCAGAAUUAAAAAUCAGAUCCAAAGAAAAGGAUAAAUCGAAUUCUAAAAUGCAUACCUAAUUUACUAAGAGUCCUACUCAAAAACCAAUUAUAACAUAGCUUACUUCUUUAAUUAAAGAUAAUUUCAGUGUUUCUGAAAGAACGAGUUCAUUCAAAUUUCGAAGUUUAAGUCCUGAAAUUGAAGGGUAACUUUGGUAGAAGAAUAACAAGGUGAAUAGAAUUAAUAAGGCUUAUGAAAUUCAGAAGGAAAUUCACCAUUUAGAAAGGUUCAAAACUUGCUGGAAAACCGAUGAAAUCCAGCAAAUUUUACAGUAGAAAAUAGUUUAAAUUGGUUUGAAUACAAAGAAAGGUUUGAAAUAGAUUUUUAUAUUGAUUUUUCUACCACAUUAAAGUCUUCAUUUGAAGAGUUCUUAAACUGAAGUUAAAUAAAUAACUAAUAACUUAGAAUUAAGUAUUUUCCCCUUUUUUAUUCCUAUUUAUGAGAAAAUAAUAAAUGAGAAGGAAUUGACAGAUAAUUUUAGAUAAUGGAUUUCCUAUUUUUUAGACAUUCUGCACUUUCGAAAUCACAUGAAUUUCACAAAAGUAUUCUCUUUAGAUAGUGUUGAAAUAACUCAGUUAAAUUAAUUACCUUAAUAUGAUAAAUUUUUGUAUAUUUAACUACAAGGAUAAUUUGAUUUAUGGAUUCUAUUGAAUUAACAACUCAAACUUUCAGGUGAAUUUUAAUUAGAUAAAUACCCAAAAUUAGCCAUAAAAUUAUUCGACUUAAAAUCCAAGGAGGAAGUUUCAAGAUUCUUCAAGAAGAGAGAAAAUUUACUACCAUUCUAUUUUCGUCAUUAACAACAAGAGAGUUAGACCUCAAUUCCAUCAUAAUAUUUGAUUGAAGUUGAAAACGAUCUCAGAGAACCAGAUGAGUAGAUGUUUGAAUAGUCGAUAAUUUAAAUGAAUGAACAAGAAUAAGAUACAUAUUUAAAAUUGUUGUAGCAAUACAUUCAAUCAAAUAAAUCAAAGUAUUCCAGUAAAUUAAAGAAUUUAGAAGAAAUGAUGAGGUAGAGACUGGAAAAGAUAAAAGCAAGGAAAAGAUAUUCAAUUCAAAUAAAACUUCAAGCAAAAAAAUUUUUAGGCUAUAAAGAGGAAGAACUAAUCUAGCAGAAAUUAAUGUUAGAAGAUGAAAAAUCUAUUUAAGAAAUACAAGAAGAAGCUUUCGACCAGAUAAUGCCAUAGACUACACAUAUUUUCAAAAAAAAAUAGAAAUAGAAUAUUCCUAUAGAAGAUCCGUUUUAAUCCUUCCAAACCAAAGAUAAUGAAAAAUUUAAAGAGAUUACACAAUUAAUUAAUAUUGAAAAGAUUAUAUUGGAGAAGAAUUUAUCAAGAUAAGAUAUCUACUAUUAUUUAUCUCUUUUUAAGGCUUUAAUGGACUCUGAUACAACCACCAGAAUAAAAGAUGUCAAAUAUCCUACAUUGUUUAUAAGUGUAGAUCAAUUAAAAAGAGGAAUUGCUUUUAUAGCUUUAUAUAAGAAUACUGUCAAUACAAAAAAGUUAGCUGAAGUCUACAAUCGAAAUUAUCAAUACUGUGAGUUUUUGGAAUUUUUAGACAUUUUCACUACUCAAUAUAAAUACAGAGUGUCAGAGGAAGAAUUGAAGGAUAUAGAUGAGGAGGAUUCAUUAAAGAUUUCAAGAAAACAAUCAGUUUUUGGAAGAUAGCAAUCUUUAAAAUACUAAAUUGAUUAAAAUUGA